GCCGUAUUGAGCUUUGUGAGCCAUUGUAAUAACGUUUAUCUUUUUACACGCGAAAUGUUUGCAAUGGGCCCUGAGUUCUAUAAUUUUAUAAAAAAAUUGGAAGAUAACAGCGACAAACUCUUGUCUUAUACACCUUGUUCCCCAGAGGAGCAACCAGCUGACUUUGAGUUUAAUGUAUGUUGUUUUGGAGGCCAUAAUAGCUAUUUCUAUAAUUUGUACAAAUAUUCAAAAAUAAUUGUUUUGUUUCAGAAUUACACUUGUUAUGUCUGCAACGGUUACUAUGGUCCUAGUUUCGGUGAACCAGUUUGUGUGACGUGCCAUGCAUUUUUAUUUCCCGACUUCCCAUCAUAUUUUCCGAGUUCAUAUUUCUCUAGUGAAAAGACUGAUGAUGGCGACUCGGGGAAUGAUGAACCAUCUGAUUUAAAUUACAGUGCUGACCGUAAAAUAUACAGAGCAUGUCAGUUACCUGCUUGCUGGUAUUACAGAAAUUCUUUGGACAGUGAGACAAGCCCUGAAGAUGAAGUUAGCCGUGCCAGUGGUUUGGGUGCCAGUGGCAGUGGUAGUAGUGGGUCAGGCUUAUCAGGUGCUGGGCAAGCCCCUCCCCCUCAGCCACCUAGUGUUGCAUUAUCCCUUCAAGCCCUUUCUACACCACGGCCACCAGAUAAUCUGCCUCCUGGCCUUCUUGAGCAGUUACCUUCUGAAGUGCUGCUAUGCAUCUUCAGCUAUCUGGAUGAUCUAUCGUUGUGUGCGUGCGCAUGUGUGUGCGCGCGAUGGUGGCGGUUGGUUCGUGCUCGCGUGCCUCCACCACGAUGGGCGACGUUCGCAGCUCGUCGGUGGCCACUGUUCCGACCGCUAUACACUAGCAUUGAUUGGCAUAAGAAAUACCAGUCCCUAGUGGAGUCAUGUUUUUGCCGAAAUUGUCUCGUGCAAAUGUGCGUGCUCGCACAGCCUGCCGGCGAAGAAAACGCUUGGCGGCGAAAUCGGCUGCGCAACGAGUUAAAGAUGCUUCGUAAUGACCCUCCUGAAGGCAUAGCGGCGACGCCUUUAGAUCCCAAGUGCUGUCAUUGGCAAGCGAGUGUCACGGGACCUGACGGCUCGCCGUAUGAGGGCGGAAUAUUUUAUCUCUACAUUCAAGUACCUUACUCGUACCCCAUGAGCCCGCCGGUGGUCCGAUUCCUGACUCGUAUCUUGCAUCCGAACGUGUCUCGUCACGGCGACGUCGGCAUCGACUCUGUACACCAUAACUGGUCUCUCGCACUCACCAUCAGUAAAGUCCUCAUAUCGAUACAAAGCUUACUCACCGACCCGUAUACAGCUGUAUGCAUGGAGCCUGAAGUCGGAGAAAUGUAUGUCCGCGAUCGACCCAGAUUCGAAUCCUUAGCGCGGCGGUGGACGUGGCGAUAUGCGAUGCACGAUAUCCUACCUUAUUGACUUAACAUUAGGAUAAUUCUUAAAAAAUUUCACUGUUCUUGAACCGACCAAAGGUCAACUCUAAUCAGGCUAAAAUUAGCACGCAAUUUUAGUUUGUCCUAUGUCCUAUAGGAUAAGGUUGUUAUUUAUAAUUUUUUUUAACAGUGAAUUGCUUUUGUAAGAGAAAAGUUCUCUAUUAAUCUUUAACUCACAGUACAUAUUUUAUAAAUAAUUAAAUUCUAUUAAACUAAUUUGUAUAAAAAUGAUAUGCUAGAUCUUAUAAACCACUUAAAAGAAUGUGCUUAUUGAAUUCUGUUUAAUUAUUAUUAGAAAUGUAUACCGCGUGUUACAAAAAUACCCGUUAUAGCUGAAGGGUGUUGAAGUAUAUCAUAUAAACAGUACUCUGCCAAAUUUUCAAAACCUUUGCAUUAACUUUUAACUUUCAGUAAAAAGGCAAAUUUUUAAUAAUUAAUAAAUACAUCGAGUGUGCUAUGUCACAUCACUAUUUUAGGUUAAUGACCUUACCAGGAGUAAUGGCACACUACCUAUCUCCUAUGUUUUCUAAUUUUUUUUUUUCUAUUCUCCUAGUACACACCCACACAUACACACUAAGAAUGAGAGAGAAAAUAUACUUAAAAACAUGUCUGCGUUUGCCAGUUUACACAGUAAAUACUUAACCUAUUUCGAUCGAAAAUAAAAUGAAAAGAAAUUAAAUAGGAAUCA